AUGCGACUCUUAAAAGUAUCCCCUUUAUUUGCGUUGCUAACUCGCGAUGUCCUUGCGGCUAAAAAUGGCUACUGUCCGCCUUUGGGACCGGCCCUCCCGGCGGCGACGAAUUUGAGCUCCAACCUGGUAGUCCAACAAACGUUGGCACUACUGAGGGGGGCCCUAGACCUGUACGCUGUGGCACUCUUUGACGGUACGGCAGUGUCAGUUGGCGUAAGGUCUAUUCACGAAGCAACACCCUUGGUAGAUAUACACUACCAGUCGCCGGAUCUGGAUCCGCGGGGAAUGAAGCAAAUAAAUGCCUCGACCGUCUAUCGAGUUGGAAGUGUGUCCAAGCUGUUUACGGUGCUGGCGGCCCUUAAGACCGAGGGUGUCCGAACGGUAGACCCUAUCACCAAGUACCUACCACGACUCAAGGAACUUAAGAAGCGAGAAGGAAGCACAGAAGAUGAGCUCGUUACUGUUGAUUUGGACGACAUUACACCUCAAACUCUACCAUCACACAUGAGUGGAAUUGGACCGGACUAUUUCUGGGGAAACUUUGGGAAGCGGGAUCCCACUUUUGCGUCAUACACCACCCCUAUCUUGGUCAUCGAGUCGAAGAACAUCUUAGAUCCUGUUGGUAUGACAAUAACCUCGUUGGCGAAGCCGGACGACAAGUUCGGUGCUAUCUGCCUAAAUGAUACGAUAUGGGACGAAGUUUUGGGAAUCAACGAUCCGGCUGGGGGAUUCUACUCAAGCAUGGAGGACCUCCUAACCUUUGGGGAAGCAAUACUAACUUACAAGCUUUUCUCACCAUCUCUGAUUCCAAACUACGACCUCGCCGUAAGCAUCUUAAGCUUGCUCGUAAUGCAACUAUUACUCUCGGCUAUCGAAGACGUUAGUACCUACCGGGACGAGCAGAGCGACUCUAGUAUUACGCUGGCUGUUGAUGAUUAUGGGCCGGGGCUUAGCGUUGGAGAUUGGAUAGUCCGUGGUGAGGACGUGCGUGGGCAUCGGCCUCGCUAUCUUAUCUCCACGACUGAAGAUACUGGGGGAAUGUACGCGUUGAUGCGCUUGUAUCGAUCCGGCCUGAGCACUGGCUCGAGGACGACGUGGCGGGCGGUAGCUCAGCUCGCAAUGUCAGAGCAGCUUGCUCAGAUGGAGGCGCUUUUGUCUUGGCCGCAGACCGUGUACGAGUUCGGUACGCUCGAUGAGAUUGUUAUAAACUUGAUUGAUACAGAUGCAGGAAGUACUGCUGCCAGUGUUGACUUGGUUGGGUUUCGGGCGACAUUGCGGAAGACUACAUGA